AUGUUAUUACAGGUUUGCUUACCUCCGCAACCUCCGCCGCCACCGCAACCUCCACCGCAUGGUGGUGGUGGUGGAGGGGGUGGAGCACAUCCACCUGUAAGCAAAUUCCUUAAUAUUGCCACAAUGCAUCUUUGUGGUAGACUCAACGAUGCGACUUAUACGCUAUACUUUUACCUCCACAUCCUCCUCCGCAGGGCGGUGGUGGACAGCCUGAAAAAGAGAAGCAGAAUUGAUUCACAAUGUGUAAUUAACUCACAUCCACCACCGCCUCCUCCUCCUCCACCACAGCAACAUCCACCUCCGCCGCCGCCAGUCAUCGGAAAGAGGAACGCUGCUGUGGAUGCGCUGAGCAGAAGCAGUGGCAAAAACUGUCUCAUCUGA